GUCUACCGGAAGUAGAAUGUAGCAGCAGGCAAGGCAUACUUCCUUGUAUACUUCCUUACAUACUUCCUUGCAUACUUCCUUGCAUACUUGUCUCCUCCUUCUCAUACUUGCUCCACUUGUUUGUGGAAGUUUGCUGGAGUGCAACAUGGCGGCAGAGCAGAGGACGCAGAGGAAGAAGUGGAAGACAAGCAGUGAAGAGUCCAAAGUCAACAUGAGUCAGCAGGAAGUGCAAACACAUCUGGCAGUUCCUUUCAGAGGUCACAUCACAGGUGGUUUGCAUCCUGGCAAGAAAGUUGUUAUCUUUGCUGUGUUGGACUCUCAUCCUGACAGAUUCUACAUGGCCCUGACGUGCGGCUGCGGCACCACCAGGGAGCCUCCACCCGACGUGGCCUUGGAGGUCUGCGUCCUCUUCAAGGAGCGCCAGGUGCUGCGGCGGGCGUGCGUGAAGGGGGCGUGGGGGGGCGCCGACAGCGCCGUCCCCUUCUUCCCGUUCAUCCAGGGCCAACCCUUCAAGAUGGAGGUGCAGUGCCAACACGCUGGCUUCCACGUCUUCCUGGACGGUCAGCGGCUCUUCCACUUCCACCACCAGGUGGCGCCGCUGCACCUGGUGGACACGCUGUGGGUCAGGGGCAGCGUGGCCAUCAGCAAACUGGCCUAAGGGGGCGCCGCUGAGCGCACAUGCCAACGUGGACUCGCUCUGGUUCGUCAAAAUAAAAGUCAAAGGGACUUUAUGGAUAUUUUAGAUGCAAGUCUUCACAGAAAGUCUUGCACUUUUAUUUUGGAGUUGUUCCUGUUGGACACCUGUGUUUAGCCCCGCCCAUUUUCUGGAGGUUUCCACACAAUGGACACGCCUCUAAUCUUUUUAUUAUUGUACCAUAAAAACUAGUGUACUACACUGAAACUGUACCAUAAA